GUUUUAGCUGACUUCGAAAAACACUUUAACGCCUGCGGCUUCCACGGCGGCAGGUGCGGCACGAAGGAAUGCUACUGGAGGCGAAAGCUUCACCUUCCGCACUUUCUCGAACAAGACGCGGCUCACUGGGACGAGGCUGCCCCCAACGGGUUUCGGCUCGAGGCAGGCCCGACGAAGGCCAAGGAAUUCGAGGACAAAGCAGCUCUCAUUCCACCCAGUCGCGAUGAGGACUCGGACAGCAGGGCAUCUGACAACUCCGAACUUGACUGCCGUGGACGCGGCUUACGCGCCUGGCACCACGCAGAACCAGAACGGCAAGCUUGCCACGAAAGAAGUCGCAGUCCUUUCGCAAGAGCGUUGGACGCGCAGCAGCUGCUCGCUUGGCAGGAGAAGCUCCUGAGACGAGAGAGGGAGCUGGAUGAGCUCGAACGAUUGGCCAUGAGUUUUGUAGCUUGA